GACGUACAUCUUAAAUAUUUUAGAGAUAACUGUAGAUUUCAAUUUCAUAACGGGGAGCUUAACUUGUUUGAUACUUUUCCUUUUGAAAAAGGAUAAUGGGAGGAGAUGUUAUAAGGGGAAAGCCUCUAAACGCAAUAAUCUUACAACAGAUAUCAGUUCGUAAGUAAAUUAAUUUUAUGGAGAAUAUAAUAGAUGGGACUUAAAUGAGACAUUUUACUGUUAUCAAAAUUUGAGAUUCAUUCAAGCUCUGAUGCAACAUAAGUUAAAAACGUACAAUCUUUAGAUACACCGUUUUUCCCAAUCACAGAUGUAGCCUAAUGAGCAUAAGAUGUUGUUUGCAAGACAUAGUCAAACUUUUAAAUGGAGCUGAAAUUGAAUCUGAAAAUGUUGACUGAGAACAAUAUUAUGUAGUAUCAUCUAAGCAGCCAUAAAAUAUAGGCUUUAAUGGCUGCUAUUCUGUUGGCUAUCGGUUGGAAGUGGGCUUUAUGCGGGUUACAGUUUUCAAACUAGAAUAGCUAUUGUCACUUAACUUUUAAUAGGAAGUCAUGUCAAAGAUUUCUCUUUAUUUUAUUUUGCCUGGGAACAAGUCGCUUUUAUUCUGAAGGGCGGAAGUGGGUCGUAGUUCGAACUGGGGGGAAAAAAAUACUCUGAAUGUUCGGCAGGAUUUAGAAGGAGUGUUAUGAAGCCAGGCUAGAUGAUGGGUGCCUAUAAAUGAAGGAGUUUCUACAAGACGGGGCAGGCUGAUCAGUUACCAACAGCAUACGUGUCUGGGAAAGACAAAAUGAAUGGUGAAGAAAACGUGAGGAAGGACACACCGUUCAACAGUAGCAGAUUAUGUCAGCGAUCAAGGUUGCCCUGCAGCAGAGCCAGAAGAAGGGCAAAAGGAAACCCUCUGAAGAAAUGUCUGCAGAUGUGUCACCCGACUCCAAAUGUCCUAUCUGUUUGGACCAAUUCAACAACAUUUCCUACCUGGACGUCUGCCUUCACAAGUUCUGUUUCAGGUGUAUUCACGAGUGGUCCAAAAACAAAGCCGAGUGCCCCCUAUGCAAACAGUCCUUUAAUUCUAUCUAUCACAGUAUAAAUUCAGAGCAGGAUUUUAAGAAGUACGACCUGCAACCGGUGGAGAAUGCCUCCUUUGGGACUUUUGGCGGCGUGCGGUUUAGAUACCGCACAACUCUUACCGGAGUCCAUCGACAGAUGCGGGGUCGGACCUCUCCACCUCCAGACAAUGGAGUCAUGUUUGAAGCCUCCUCAAACCCUCCACAACAACCGCAGGACCGCUACAUCCGGCGGGUGAUGAUGAGGUUGGCGGCCAAGAGGAGGGCCGCGAGUGAAGGCAGGGCAGUGAACAGCCUCAGAGAGCAGGAAAUGGUCAACUUCAGGAGGGAACUGUACCGACAGGGCGUGAAGAUUCGGAGUGUCCGGGAUGGUGGCCGCUCCCGCGACACCUCGGCUGAGUUCUUCCAAAGAAAUCCUGCCUGCCUGCACCGACUGAUCCCCUGGCUGAAAAGAGAACUGGUUGUGUUGUACGGCGCCCACGGCUCUUUGGUCAACAUCGUUCAACACAUCAUCAUGUCGCGCAUCACACGUUACGAUAUGGAGGAUGGAGCUAUUCAGGAGGAGCUGAGGCCGUUCCUCCAGGGGCGCACAGAGCACUUCCUGCACGAAUUCAUCAGCUUUGCAAAGUGUCCUUUCAAUAUGGAGGCCUACGACCAGCAUGCCGUCUAUGACUGCCCAGCCGCGUCCUCCAACGAAGACAGCAGUGCCAGUUCGUCUGUGAUCGCCAUCUCAGAGGAUGAGGAAUACUCGGCAGAGUCAAACCCUCCCGGAGACCCCGCGUCUUCGCUCAGCCACUCUUUGUGGGAUGAUGAGACGCCGGGGCCAUCGUAUUCUACGACGGCAGAGCAGGCCAGGGCAGAGUGCCUCUCAGUCCUUGACUUGGACUCCGACAGCAGUUUGGAGGAGGAGACGCGUGAGUUUGGGGCCUCUCCGCAAGAAAUGAGUCCCCAUAACCUCACAGAGGAGACUCGGGGUCCGUUUGAAAACGAAGAGUCUCCGCCGUAUGACAGCGAUGACUGUGUCAUUAUAAGUGUCGUUAAGCCGACAGCUGACAGGACCCCUGAGCUGGUUCAGCUGUCCUCCGACUCUGACGAGUCUGCCAGUGAAGAUAUUAAGGCAGUGCCUCUUCUACCUCAACACAUCCGCUUCUCUAGCCUCAGUCCAGUGGCUUCCCAGAGUAGUGAUCCAAGUGGCGCAGGACAGUCAGAAAAUGUAGAAACAGACCUAUAUCAUAAGUUGGAUUCACAAACAAGGUGUAGCUCUUUGACAUCUAGCAGACACAAGAGAUCCGGCAAGUCGGACCGAAAAGAAAGAUCCAGGGAGGACAAAGACCGUAGGAGAAAGAGGAGGUCAAGAAGUGCAGAGCGCGCACACUCCAGCAGGAGCCCGGUGAUCUCUCACAGCAGCGUCAGCAAACUGUCCAGAGAAAGAAGUCAUUCCUACUCCAGUGGCAGAAACGACUCCAAAUGUGGCGCUGAUUACAGCAGGCGGUACAGCGUUAAUACCCAUCACUCAUACAGGCGUUACAGCCCAGAGAGAAGUGAUAGCGGGAUGCAUUACACAGAGACGCGGUCUUACUAUUACAGCAGCCGCGAGUACCCCGACCGUCGCCCUCGCUCCCGGAGCCGCAGCAGGGACCGGCGUAACCGCGACACGAGGCCUUCUCCUUCUCGGACUUAUUCCAGCAGUCGCUCCCCUUCGACGAAACGGCGAUCUCACAACAAGCCUGGCGGGAAAAGGAAAUACAAAACAAGACAUUUGGAGGAAACGUCCAAAAACACUAAUUCAAAUGCCGACGGCAACGCCCCCAUUUUAUCUACAAAACACAAGAAGAAGAGCCGGAAAAGGUCCAAAGACAGGUCGAUGAAGACGAGCAGGAGCCUCAGCGUGGAGCUCGUCAAUGAUGAAAACGGUCAUGAGCGAAGCAAGCGUCACCACAAGAAAAAGAAAAAACACAAGAAGAAAAGCAAAAGGCACAAGAGUAGCGAACGCACGGGGCAGCACUCGCCCUCCGUCAUCACCAUCGAGAGUGACGGCGAUUAUUCUGCAGAUGACAAUGGCAACCAGGCCUGCAGCACUGAGAAGGACGACCCUGUCCACAGUACCACUGAGGACCCAGUUGGCCCCGCCCCCCCACAUUCUAUGGAUUAGUUUUAUGGAAUUUUAGAUUCCUGAUAGUCCGGAAACAAUGGUCAAUAUGUUGGAAGUCAGCAGACCUGGGAGGGUAAAUAAAAACAUCUUGAAAUGCCACGCAAAUGGUUUCGAUGGUGACUUUGCAUCGUGGAAAACAUGACUUUGCUAACACCUAACAUAAAAUUUUAUUUAAUGUGCAAAGUGCCACGUGCCACUAUGAACAAAGCUGGAUGGACUGCUAUUGUGGUUUGCACAUAUUUUAAGUGUCAAUUCUCAUUCAGGAAAGUAAUUUUCUCCAAUAGAUGUAUUUCAUUUCUACGGUGCUCUCAGGGAUGAUAUUGAUUACAGUGUUUUUUUUGUGAUCAUAAUUCUGCUUACUUCUUGAGACAAAAUCUCUAUCUGCUACAGAUAGAAUGCUACACACAUACUAGAGUAGCACUUAUGCGCAGAUGGUGUUUGGAUUUCUAAUGAUCUCAUUUGUAGUGAAUUUUAUUUAAAAUAAAUUGUAAUUAGGAACUUUGUGUGCUGUUAUAGUACAUUUAUUUGCAUAAAUUUGAAGCCUAAAUAAGAGUGAUCAUAAUCCUGCACGGAUUCUGACCCCAAACCUCUUAAUUGGUUCCUGUACUCGAAAUAAACCUACAUCGGCUGCUC